AUGCCUAAGAAGUCCGUUUCAGAGACUUUCCAUGACGCCAAAAGCCAUGCCAAAAGCCAUGCCAAAAGCCAUGCCAAAGCAACUUCGAUUAGGGCAUGGGAGCUUCCGAAGCAACCGACAACCUUCGCGCCGGAAGGUACAUGGACGAAUAUCGACAACGAUGUAACGCCGAUCGAACGUCGGAUCUGGGGCCAUUGGGCACUCCUCGGCUACUGGAUGAGUGAUAUAUUGUCUGCGCAAUCAUGGGAGGGAGCAUCGACAAUCAUAUCAGGCGGCCUAACCUAUAGAGAAGCUCUGAUAUGUCUCAUCAUGGGAACGUUCAUUAUUGCCAUCCCGAUCUCUCUUAACGGCUCUAUUGGUACCAAAUUGCGAGUGCCCUACCCAGUUGCCGCUCGUUCAAGCUUUGGCUAUGCGUUCUCGAGAGUGCCGGUCGUUAUCCGGAUGGUAACUGCCCUAUUCUGGCAUGCAAUUCAGACAUACGCUGGGUCAACUGCAAUGACUCAAGUUAUCAGGGCUAUCUGGCCUUCGUAUCUGCAAAUUCCCAACCAUCUUCCACGAAGCGCAGGAAUCACUAGGCGUCUUCGUAACCUCGGCCGCGGUGGUACCGUUAUUGGUAUGUGCAAGUUGGCUGGUGGCAGUGGUGACAUUUGGGACCAAAGGCCGCAAUACACAGGAUCAACUCGCUCAUGGAUGAUCUUAUCUUACAUGACUUCUUUGAGCGGAGGAUGGGCUACUAUGGCGACGAACAUCCCCGACUAUACACGAUACCUGAAGAAGCCCCGUGGAAUCUGGCUUCAAGCCCUACUUGUCCCCGGUAUCUGUACAUUCAUUGGUGUACUAGGCAUUAUCGCAACAAGUGCUAGCAAAGCUCUGUAUGGUCAAUACAUCUGGGAUCCUUUGGAGCUUGCAAGUCACUGGAAUGGCCCCGGUGGACGAGCAGCGGCAUUCUUUGUCGGUCUCGCCUGGGUUGUUGCUCAAAUCGGUGUCAAUGUAUCUGCGAAUGUAAUUUCAUUUGCCAAUGACUUGACUUCCCUAUGUCCACGCUACAUAAACAUUCGACGUGGAGCCGUCAUCGCGACCAUAAUUGGUGGUUGGGUCAUGGUUCCAUGGAAGAUUGUCUAUUCUGCAACAAGUCUCAUGAAUUUCAUGGGCGCAUUGUCUAUUUUCCUCUCUCCUAUUGCUGCCAUAUUGAUUGCAGAUUUCUGGGUCGUCAAGGGUCAAGCCAUCGAUGUUCCUGCUCUGUACCGUCCGAAAGCGCGCUAUCGCUAUGUGAAAGGUUGCAAUUGGCGUGCAGCUGCAGCCUUGCUUCUUUCGCUAGGACCUAAUCUGCCGGGACUCAUCAAUGCAGUGAAUCCUAAUAUCAACAUUGGAGGAGCUGCCAAGAUAUACGCUUUUAAUUACUUAUGGGGUUUCUCAAGUGCUUUUGUUGUCUAUGUAGCAUCUAGUUAUGUUUUCCUGGCUACUGAUACUCUUGUUCCUUUCACUAUCCAUGAUGAUGGAAACGUCAUUGUUGGGCAGCAUGUAUCAGAGAAGGAGAUUUAUAGUCAAGAGGCGUUGCCAGAGAAACAAGUCUAA